UGCGGCCAACCUUUAAAUUUUUGUUUUGCAAUUGAUUGGGCCGUUGGAAAAUGUUUGGGAGCAAAUCGGAAAUGAUGGGGAUUGACGUGUGUGAAUUUGGGGGCCAGCUGUUGGAACUUAUGUGGCUUUCCGUGUGCUAUAGAGACAAAAUGGCCGACAGAAACGAAAUUAAAGCUGUUGACGAUGAAAUCGAGGAUGAGACCGACCUGAAUUAUAAGGCGCCAGAGAAGAAAAGCCUGCAGGAGAUCCAGGAGCUGGACAAAGAUGACGAAAGCUUGAUCAAAUACAAACAGGCUUUGCUGGGAAAGUUGCCGGCUACAGUGGAUCCCAAGGUCCCCAACGUGCAAGUAGUUAGCAUGGAGUUGAUAUGCACUGAGGCUCCGUCACCCAUCAAAAUGGAUUUAUCAGGCAGUGUAGGGACAUUGAAAGAUCACAGCUAUGUACUGAAGGAAGGUUCGAGUUACAAGGUUAAAAUCACAUUUAAGGUGAACAAGGAAAUAGUAUCCGGGCUGAGAUAUGUACAACAUACAUUCAAGGCAGGAAUUAAAAUUGACAAGGAGACGCACAUGGUCGGCAGUUACGGACCUCGGGCCGACGAAGCGUACGAAUUCCUAACGCCAGCCGAGGAGGCUCCGAAGGGAAUGCUUGCCCGCGGGUCGUACACCAUCAAGUCCUGGUUUACAGAUGACGACAAAACCGAGCACUUGUUCUGGGAGUGGAAAUUGUGUAUAAAAAAAGAAUGGAAGGACUAGAUCGGGGGUAACACCCAAAAAAACCACCACAACUCCACAUUGUUAUCUUAAUUAGGGGAAUAUAAUGAUUCUGCAUAUUAAAAUUGUACAAGAUUUAUUAUGGUUUCUACAUCUGUUUUCUAAUUGUUUUCUUGUAGUUUCUAAGGGGAAAAAAACAAACAAUAUACAAACAUGUAAAGACAUUAUUUAAUAAAGAGAAAUCUUAAA